AUGGCAGCAUCCCUUCGGCGACUUGUCAAGGACCACGCGACAUUGAGGAACAGUCCGCCUCCGAAUUACAUCUUCCCAGAUAACGACGAUGCAUCGACCAUACCCGAUGACUUGACCCAACUCCUAGUCCUCAUCACUGGGGCCGAGGGCACACCAUACUCGCAAGGGUUAUGGCGGCUUCAUUUGAAGAUGCCAGAGGAUUAUCCCAAGAAUCCGCCCAAGGCAACUUUCCGAACAAAAAUCUACCACCCAAACGUCGAGGAGAAAACUGGGGCUGUUUGUUUGGAAACAUUGAAAAGAGACUGGGAUCCAAAAUUGACACUAAAGGACAUUCUCAUCACGAUAUCCUGUCUUCUCAUUCAACCAAAUCCGGACUCGGCACUGAAUGCUGGUGCUGGCGCCUUGAUCCAAGAAGAUUAUGAUGCGUUCUCAACACAAGCGAAAUUGAUGACCAAGAUCCAUGCCUCUAUCCCUUUCUCUUUACUAGAUGCUGUCCAAGAGGCGAGAAGACGAGGAGAAGAGCCUACAGCCUCCGAAAAAAUACCAGCGAUGACUACCAAUGAUCAAGAAAGAGAAGGUAACACCAAGGAGAAUGCACUCAAACAUGGAUUGUCUCGAGGAUCGAAAGAGGUUGUGAAACCCAAACGACCGCUUGCGGAACUGUACACUUCUCCCAGCUGUGAAGAAAUCCCAUGUGUGUCCGGCACGGCAGACCAACCCGCCGAGCAAGAUCAAAGCUACUCUAACUCAGAGCCUGGAACCGAAGGACCAUUGAAGAAAUCCCCCAAACUCAUGCGCCCUGGACCGGGCGGUCUAUCAAUUUUCAAAAACAAUGCACGGGUGGGAGAACCGUCACGAUCCUCCGUCACUCGAGUGGAAAGCGAUAAAGAGAAUAUCGCGGCGUCCGAAAAGAAGACUGGCGACACUUCAUCGACACUUCCACCAACAUCGAGACCCCCAGCGCUGCGCAAGGUUUCAAACGUGGGCACGAGGAGAGUAACGCCACGUGUUGGCAUUCGGAGACUUUGA